CGCUUACUAAUUGUCAUUCAGCGUGCUUCUUGACAAGCGCUGAGGCGGCAUUUGUGUAGUUUAUUUAAUCAUCUUCCUCUCAAAAUUUUAUAAAAAAUUAAUACAUUCAAAUAAUUUGUGAAAUAUAAAUUGAAAAUAUUUAAUAUUAGUGUAACAAAAAUCCGUGUAUAAUGUAUAAUAAUGUUAUACUAUCACUGGCCAUGAGCAUAUUACCAGUGCUGGCCAUUGGUUUUGUGGCCAUUUUGGUGAUUUAUAAAAUUUAUAUUAAAAUACGUUCACGCUUCAGCAUCAUCGUCAACUGUUGGUUUUGUAAUCACAACACAAAGGUACCCUAUUUGGAGGCCAAUAGCUGGGUAUGUCCAUCCUGUGAGCAAUAUAAUGGCUUCGACAAGGAUGGGGACUAUAACCGGGAAAUUUAUGAACAACUAGAUUGCAGUGGUAUCUCGGAGAAGCGAUUUAAUGUCAGCCAAUCAUCGGCAUAUCCCCCCAAACCGGCGACAAAUGGCUUUUGCGAUGAGUGUAAUGAAGCACAACGCCUUAAGGUGGAGAAAUUGGCACAGUUUGAGCCAAAAAAUGAAUCCCAUUUUGAUGAGGAAUUAAAAGUUUAUCAGGCUCAAUUAGAAAAACAGUAUGGCCUUUGUUCUACAUGUGAUCGUCAUUUGAAUAAGGUCCUGCGCGAGAAAAAGAAAAUGGUAUUGGGUUCGAAAUUUUUGGACUUUAUAAUUAAAGGAGCCGAAACCUUGAAACAGCCACAUCUAACGAAAAUCGAACAUGCCAUACAACAGACACGAAAGCAAAAACUACGCACCUGCAUUAUUGUUUUAACAUUAUUUAAUAUUUGUUGUCUUUUCAGUUCGAUGCCUAGCAGUACGUUGAAAAGGGAACAAAUCACAAACAUUUUGGGUGAAUCUGUGGGACAACCCAUAUUUUUGUUAGCCUCACAUUUCAUUGCCUUUACCAAGGUGUUGGCCACAUAUUGGGAUGCUAUAAAGCAAUUAAAUAUUAUCAUGAAAAUUUCCCUAUUUUCGAAAACAAUUUUUAUGAUGUUAAUGUAUUCGAUGGGCUUGAAAGUAAAUCAGUUAAAUUUUUCAACAUUAUUUGUGGGUGCUUAUCCUUUUGCUUUGUUGGGUCUUUGUUUUGUGCAUAAUAUUGUAGAUAGUUUUCGUUUAACCAGAUAUACAGCAUUGUUGGUUAUUUGGAGCAUUUUUGCUGGUGGCUUAGCGGACCAGGAAUUGUCUCUGUCGCCGCAGGUUUUAAUGUUUCUGGCUUCUAUGGUUACUUUUGUAAUGGCUGUUGGCUCAAAACCUGAACCUUCGCCCAAGCUGCAUGACAAUACGGCAAAUAGUUUCCACAAAAUUUAUUCAGAGGAUUAUUUAAGUGAUGAUGAGACCAUGAGCAUGUUAAGUCAACAAUUAAAUGGCAGCUGUGUAUCUAUGCGUAGUGUUAAAUCUAAUAAAUCUUCACCCAUUAAGCCUAUCAACAGUACCUCACCUCGUUUGGCCAAGUCACCCUUAACCUCAUCGGCAUUUUCAUUAAAUCAAUUGCCAAGGAGACAAAUUUCCCCAAAUUCCAGUUUUAGAAGUUAUGCUGGAGAAGAAAAUCAAACGUUAAGACCAGUCUUUGCAACACCUAUGCCAAUGCCACAAACACGUCAAGGUCUAUUUGCUUCAGAUUUACAGUUGAACAACAGACCCACACAUCAUGGAUCUACUUUUGGUCUAAAUACUUCAAUGACCAGUGCCAGUGUUUUUAAUAAUUCCUUUGUGGAGCCCCGGGAGCAAUCUCGUUUAGUCAAUCAAACUCAGGACAAUGACGCUUCUUUUUUCACAGCUGGCAAUACAACUGCCGUUUUCAACGGAGACAACACAUUUGCCCAGCCAUCACAACAACGUAUAACCUCAGGCAUAUUCUCACCGUUUUCGGCCUCCACUAGCGCGGUCUAUCAACAAUCAUCCAAUCCUAAUCCACCAGCAAGACCCAACAGACUGUUGUCGCCAACUAGAUUUAGCACCACAAAUUUGUCUCACAACAAUUCCGCUAAUGCCUCAUGGCUUGCUGGUGGUUAUUUUAAUCAAAGACAAUCAAUGUCAGAAAUUCCAAGAAAUGGACUGUUAUUGCAAUCAGUUACUAACCCUUUGACCCCCAUGGAAGAGGGUCUUUCAAGGGCAUCAUCACAUUCAUCGGGAUUUGAGUCACAACAUGGAGGCGCUGGAAAUCCACUGUCGAGGGAAAAUUCUCUGUGUCCAGAUGUUAAUGAUUAUCACCAAAGAACCCUAACUAUGGAUAAUAUAAAUGGUUUUCAACCAAUUGAUUCACCUAGUCUGGGAGCGUUUUCGCCAAGACCUUCAGUGUUUUCAAAUCCUUCUCUCAAUAAUAUCAAUGCCUCUCAUAUGAACAGUGAUGUUUGGCGGCAGUCAGCUUUUAGUCGACGACCAAUUAACUCCGCCACAUCCGUAUUUUCAUCCCGCACCAACACAGACUCUUUUAACCUGCGUAAAAUCAACGAGGAACUGCCAUCCAUUAAGAGGGGCGAAUUGUUUCAACAAUGGAAAGAGGGUCAGACCAUAUCGUAACAAUUACGAUACUCUCUUUUCACCUGCCUUCCUGUCGCCCUCUCAAAGUGUUCACAUAACUGUGCACAAAUAAUUAUUUAAGUUCUUUUGGUUCUAAGGUUUGUACAGAAACAAAAAAAGUUGUAAUUUUUAUAUUUUGACUAAGAAAAUUAGGAAAAAAUUGUAUUCUUCUUUUAGUCAUUAACUACUCAGUAAUUGUUUUAGUUUUUUUUUAUUUACUCAAACUGAACUUUAUUUUUUUAGUUGAAUACUUUAUUUACUAUUUGUUAAUGUUAUUAUUGAUGCAACUAAAUAGGACAUACUAGGAAAUUAGAUUUAAACACAAAUUUUAUAUUAAUUAACACAAACACUCACUGCCGUUGUUAAAAAGACUAAUUAUUAAUAUUUUAUGAAAAAUGAUUAUACCUAUAUAGAAAAAAAUAAAGAAACAGAACAAUUUAAACUAUUUUAA